AUGGCUAUCGACGAGAUAAUCACAGAUCCAUCUCUCAACCUUGCCCUUGAGACAUCAAAUCAAACGCGUGAACAAGCAAUUGCUCUCCUCAACUUCGUAUCGACAGCACCUACUACCUCUCCUCCGUCGAAUGAAGUUCUACUGCAAAUUUCUAAACAACAAAAACUACUCCUCACAUACCUCGCACAGCUGAGGGGUUUACAUCGUGAUUCCCAUGCUGGCGCACGAGAAACAAAGGCUCUAACCGCGGAGGCGCGUCAAGAAGUAGACAGGCUGCACCUACAAUUACAAAACCUAUACUAUGAGCAACGGCACUUACAAGGAGAAAUUGCUGCUUGUGAAUCAUACGAUCACAAAUACCAGCAACUUCCCCUAAUACCCAUCAACGAGUUUCUGGCGCAACAUCCCGAACAUGCUGACGCUGAUGAGAAUGCGCUUAUGAUUGCAAGAAUAGAUCAUGAACAUCAAGAAAGAUUGAAGUUGGAGGAGCAGAGACAAGGACUUUUGAAGAAGAAACAAGGGUUGAUUGCCGACAAUAAGAAAAGGAAGGAUGAUCUAGCCAACCUUGACAAAGAUUUGGAGAAGUUUAUUGAUGUGAGUCUACAGCUUGUUCAAGCCAUCUCUAGUAAGGGAUAA